AUGAUGGGCCCAUCUUUUGACGAUGUCCCUGCAUCAGCUGCGCCAAACAAGCAGGUCGCAGCUUCGUACGCCUACGCUGAUCACGACCGAAGCACUUCUCCCAUCAGGUCCGAUCGCAACAACAACCGCACAAGUGCUUCCGUCGCCUCCCCUCCACGCGCCAACCAAGACAAUUGGUGGCAGGACGACGAGAUGAAUGGUCAUUACACCCAUGACUCAAAUACCGAUCUCCCUCGCCUCCAAGCACGAGGCCACCUCGAUGCCAGCGAAGAAGACUCGUACAGACCAAUAUCCGCUGACGAUGACCCAAAUUCCUAUGAUCUCGUCGGUCCUGGUGAGAUGGAGGAAGCCCAGAGAAAGACGUGGAAUCUAGAGAAGCAAUCUCAGGCCCUGUUCUCGAAAGAACAUCUACAGGUCAUCUUUGGUGACCCGAGUCACCUCCUCAAAUUUACCUCUUUCUUGGGCUUGCAUAGACCUCAGUCCGUUCCUAUACUUGUGCACUAUCUCGAUUCGCUAAAGGCACUACGAGCACUGCAUUACGCCAACGCCAUUUUGGAGGGCUUAGACGAGGUUCCAGGCUUGGACUUCACAAAAGGUGCUGUCGAUACAACCGUCAAUGCCGCCUUGAUGAAAAGAGCCAACGAUGCCUUUGACUAUCUCGUUCGAGAAGAACUACCUGCAUACGUCACCUUUGAGUACAUCCGUGUGGUCAGUGCGAGUAUUACUGCCCGCAUCACCGGCAUGCUGGCUCCACAUCUAAGAGAGGCAAGCGAGGGUCUGGCUGAAGUCUUUUGUCUCACUGACCCAAGCCGUCCGGACAAUCCUAUUGUCUUUGCAUCUGAAGAAUUCAAUCGCACUACUCAGUAUGGCAUGAAUUAUAUUCUGGGUCGUAAUUGCCGUUUCUUGCAAGGCCCUUUCACUAAUCCUCUUUCUGUACGUCGUCUGAGAGACGCCGUCGUCGCCGGUAGGCAACACCAGGAGGUCUUCCUAAACUAUCGUCGAGACGGUUCACCCUUUAUGAAUCUGCUCAUGACCGCUCCUUUGUGCGAUUCCAGGGGCUCCAUCCGCUAUUACAUUGGUGCACAAGUUGACGUCUCUGGUUUAGUAAAAGACUGUGCAGAAAUGGAAUCCUUAGCUCGCCUGAUGGAUAUGCAAGCCAAUGGCGAGCCGAUCUUAGAUCAUCAGAAACCCAAUCCAGAAAAGAAUGAUGAGCUUCGAGAACUGAGUGAAAUGCUGAAUCAGAACGAGCUCACCACCAUCCAUAGGUUCGGUGGACGUAUGCAUAAAGAAAAUGACUACCAGGAUGCAGAUGAUGCCAUGGGAGGCUCGACAGUAUCCACCCAAGGUCGACUUCUUAUCAAAGAUCCCAAUGCCUUAACACCUCCGUUUGACUUCAACGACCGCUUCCUUCAACAUGAGCACAUUACUAGCCGCGGCUCAGCAGCAGGUUCAACCACAUCAGAAAUCUCUCCUUCUCUUAGCGCAACAAUAUCUGGCCGCUUAAGUGGCAUCUAUAGCCACUAUCUACUGAUCCGUCCCUAUCCCUCCCUCAGAAUUCUCUUUGCCUCACCGUCUCUCCGCAUUCCCGGCAUCCUCCAGUCACCAUUCAUGAACAAAAUCGGUGGUUCCAACCGUGUUCGCGAAGAGCUCACAGCUGCCCUCGCCGACGGUCGCGGCGUAACUGCCAAAGUCCGCUGGAUCAGUAAACACGACGACGACGGACGAAACAAAUGGAUCCACUGCACCCCUCUAGUAGGUGUAAACGGCCAAAUCGGCGUCUGGAUGGUCAUCAUUGUCGACGACGAAAGACACCGUAUCCAAAGAGAGCGCGGAGGCGGCCCAGCCGCAACAGGUGGACGAGUCGCCCCUCCCGUCGCAGCAGAUCUACGAGGACGAGCCACACCUGACCGCCAUAAUCCCGCUGACCCUACCAAGACGGGACAGCAGGGAUCAACCACGAGUCAACGAGUCGCACUCAAUAGCAGAGGUAUGCCCGUCAAUCAGCGGUAUGGCUACAGCGCAGGCGAAAGACCGAUGAAUUUACCUGACGGAAGCAGAGCUCCUAGCAUGGAUGGAGUGGGUAGUGGCAGCGUGCAGAGUUUCAGAAUAUAG